UCUGGGAUGGGCUUGGCCCUGACGCCGGAGGGACGCUGAGCCCUCGCACUACUUUCGUGGUGAUGCCCUUGUUCACCGCGGGGUCUCUUCAGGCUUUACUGAACAAAAGGCGUCUACGAUGCAAGGGUCCGCCGUUCUUGAGGCUCUUAGAAACAAUGCGAUUUCUUAAGCAGAUGCUCAGCGCGGUUAGCCAUCUCCUUGCUCAUGGGGUCGCGCACAACGACAUUAAACCAGACAACUGGCUUCUUUGCGCCGACCAGCGCACCCUCGUGCUCACCGACUUCGGCGCUUGCUUCGACUCCUCAAAUCCGCCACAAUCUUGGAGCACGCCGUCGCCUUCUUCGCCCGCGGUGCCGGUUUCUUGCUUGGACGCGUCAGCCGCAGUUUCCUCCACCGACCUGGAGCAAGCCGCAGUCACUGGCCGUGAUUCGAACCCUUGCCAUUCCUCGGGCGCAGUAGGCUCUGCUGCCGCUGCUGCUGCUACUGCAGCUGCUGCCACUAGUGUCGAUUCCAACGGCACUGAUCUAUCGGGUGCUGGUGUUGCCGAGCCGUUAGCGAACGCGGUAACGGGGAGAAAGAGGCCCAUGGAAGCGGGAAAUUUUGUACCGCGCAGAGAUUUUGGUUCCGCGAACAGGAAGCGCUUGGGUGUAACGGGCAUGCCAUCGUGUGAUACCGGAACUCACGCUGACAGUGUGCCUGGCCCGCAAGACAGCAAGAGACACCGGCUUGGCUACGGUGAUCAAGAGAGGGAUAACGGGCGCAUAGGUUCGACGACGGGUACCGUGUGCUCCACGGCGAAAGUCUCCUACGAGAUGGUGAUCCCAUUCAGCAAUUACUGUGUGGCAGGGGCUCCGAACACACUCGCUCCCGAGCUCGCGCGAGCGUGGGAGGAAGAAACACCUCUGAACUUCAAGCGAAGUGAUGUAUUUUCCGUGGGCUUAUGCAUGUAUCGGAUGCUGCGUCCUGACUCGGUUAUCAUCGACAACGGGACAGGGCUGGAGGAAAAAGACCCCUUGGAGAAGACCAAAGGGCUAACAAACCAGGAAGCCUGGCCGCUGCCAAUAUUCCCGGAGAACAAAGGAGGCUGCCCGUUCGAGGUUUCGCAACUGUGCCGUGGACUCCUUCUAGCUGAUCCAUAUAAACGGCUUGCAGCUUCCGAAGGGCAAUCUAUUGCUUCAAAUUAUGUCUCCCGCCUCGAAGAUGCUGACGGGAAAGGACAGGACGCCAUGCAAAGAAGUGCUUCUGCCUCUGGUUCCGCUGGCGCCAGCAGGACCCGCUAUCAAUUUGAAUCGCAACGCCCCACGGACACCGGUGAGAUUCACGGUCGAGAGACUCGAGCGGACCAUGCUCUCGCGCGUAAACAUGAAGGGCUGGGUUCUGUAAAGAACCCCAAGAGGGGACAUUCUGCUGCAGUUCCUCCCAUCAAGUCUCAUAGCGCCGUCCAUGGGAUGGCUCCACCGCCAUCGCCGGCGGGCGGCCCAUUGAACGACGGUUGCCGUAGAGACCGCAUGUUGCUGUUCAGAGGUGCUGGACGUAUCAACGGCGAACGAGGUGGUGCGGAAGGCGCGGCGUCGAACGGGGCUGCUGCUGCAGGAAGAUCGUCCAGCGAAGAGAAGCAACUCCCGACAGAAGUCGACGAGCUUGUUAAAUCCGAUCGGAUUUCGCAAAUGCGGGAAAUCUUUGCUAGUGCCGCGCCCGAGAAUCUCUUCAAGGCGCUAGACACCAAGGAUUGGGACGUCGCCGCCGCGUGCGCUGUCUUCGGCGACAGUACGAGUGGGGAUAGUCGACCAAAGCUUGAUGUCGCACGGGCUAGCGUGCCGGGAGCCUCAGCCACAGGAUCACGGUCCGGACUGUUUUUCGGUGGCGUUGCACAGGAGUUGAGAGGAUUGCAGGGUUUGGAUGCGUGGUCUUUCCGCCGUCGAUCUUCGAUGUGA